UUCUCUCUCAUCAAAUCCAUUCUUUUUCUCUUUUCCACUUGAUGGAGAACCAGAGCCAGAACUCCGGGCGGCGCCUCCGCGAGCAAUCAGCCUCGCCUUCCUCGCGACGUAGCCUGAAGAGGAAGCUCGAAGAGGAGUACGGUGAAGAUCGUGUAAGUGUCGGCGGUGAAGAUCGUGCAAGUGUCGGCGGCGAAUCGCCCGCAGCUUCGCAACAAGAUCUCAUCCGUGAUAUAAAAGCGCAAGUUGAGAUCCUUGAUGCUGUUUUCUCAGCCUCCGAGCAGGAUCGCGCGUCUGCCAAACACGCCAUCCACGUCCUGUCGGAGCUCGCGAAGAACGAGGAUAUGGUGAAUUUGAUAGUUGACUGUGAGGCGGUUCCUGUAUUGGUAAAGCAUCUUCAGGCUCCGCCUCCUCUGGGGAGGGACGGGGAAGGUGGUUUGAGCUCAUACGAGCAUGAAGUGGAGAAAGGAAGUGCGUUCACUUUGGGACUCCUAGCCAUUAAACCAGAGCAUCAACAACUAAUUGUUGAUGCGGGAGCCCUACCCCAUCUCGUGGAUCUCUUGAAGAGGCAUAAUGAUGGUCCAAACUCACGGGUGGUAAGUGGUGUCAUCAGGAGAGCGGCUGAUGCAAUUACUAAUCUUGCUCACGAGAAUAGCAGCAUUAAAAUCCGCGUUAGGAUUGAAGGUGGCAUUCCUCCUCUUGUUGAAAUGCUUGAGUUUUCUGACUCGAAGGUGCAGAGAGCAGCCGCAGGAGCCCUUCGUACUCUUGCCUUUAAGAAUGACGAGAACAAGAAUCAGAUUGUGGAAUGCAAUGCUCUACCUACACUUAUUCUAAUGUUGCGGUCCGAGGACACUGCUAUACAUUAUGAAGCGGUUGGUGUUAUUGGUAAUCUGGUCCACUCGUCACCAAAUAUUAAGAAGGAAGUUCUGGUUGCUGGAGCUUUGCAGCCUGUUAUUGGUUUACUUCGCUCCUGCUGUUCAGAGAGUCAAAGAGAAGCUGCUCUCCUUCUUGGGCAAUUUGCUGCAACAGAUUCAGACUGUAAGGUCCACAUUGUUCAAAGAGGUGCUGUUCCUCCACUUAUAGAGAUGCUCCAGUCCCCAGAUGCUCAAUUGAGGGAAAUGUCAGCAUUUGCCCUAGGAAGGUUAGCUCAGGAUCCUCAUAAUCAAGCCGGUAUUGCCCACAGUGGUGGAAUAAUGCCGUUACUGAAGCUUCUUGAAUCAAAAAAUGGAUCUUUGCAACAUAAUGCUGCAUUUGCUCUUUAUGGGCUUGCAGAUAAUGAGGAUAAUGUUGCAGAUCUUAUUAGGGUGGGGGGUGUUCAGAAACUUCAAGAUGGUGAAUUUAUUGUCCAACCUACUAGAGAUUGUGUAGCCAAGACACUAAAAAGACUUGAAGAGAAGAUUCAUGGGCGGGUAUUAAGUCAUUUAACAUAUUUGAUGCGUGCGGGAGAGAGAAAUGUUCAGAAACGCGUGGCUUUGGCUCUUGCUCAUCUUUGUUCUUCAGAUGACCAAAGAACCAUUUUCAUUGAUAACAAUGGACUUGCUUUGCUUUUGGAACUUCUGGAAUCUACUAACUCAAAGCAUCAAAGAGAUAGUUCCAUGGCAUUAUGCAGGUUGGCUAAUAAAGCAAACUCACUUUCUCCAGUUGAUGCAGCUCCUCCUUCCCCAAUACCUCAGGUAUAUCUGGGGGAACAGUAUGUAAAUAAUCCCACAUUAUCUGAUGUAACAUUUCUGGUUGAAGGAAGACGGUUCUAUGCACACAGAAUUUGUUUGCUUGCUUCUUCCGAUGCAUUUCGAGCUAUGUUUGAUGGUGGCUAUCGGGAGAGGGAUGCCAAAGACAUAGAGAUCCCAAAUAUCAGAUGGGAUGUCUUUGAGUUGAUGAUGAGAUACAUAUACACCGGCUCUGUAGAUGUCAACUUAGAAAUAGCACAGGAACUUCUACGGGCGGCUGAUCAGUAUUUAUUGGAGGGUCUAAAGCGUCUGUGUGAAUACGCCAUUGCACAGGACAUUUCAGUUGAAAAUGUAUCCAUCAUGUUUGAGUUAUCGGACGCAUUCAACGCCUUAUCUUUAAGACAUGCUUGCAUUUUAUACAUUCUGGAUAACUACGACAAAUUGUCUGUGAUGCCCUGGUACUCGCAGCUGAUCCCUCGUAUUCUGCCAGAGACGAGAAGUUACUUUGUGAGAGUGAUGACCAGACCUAACCAUGCUGAAUUAAGAUGAUGAGUUUUGUGGUAGCAAUUUUUGAGACUGAUCAUUGACCCAUUAACGACGGUGAGAAUGAAUGUACAGAAAAAAUUUGUUUAGUUACUCAUUUGAGUAGUCGUGGAUUCUCCAUUUGUUGUCUUGGUGUGAAAGCACCGUUAAUGGAAACGCCAUAUAAUUAUGGUUUAUUUUGUGUUCAA